AUGUAUAAUUUAUCGCUUGAAUACUGCGAAGAAGAAGAGAGUUCGAAAUCGACCCAAUCUAGGGUCGUGUUCUAUGCUACCAAACCUUCCCUGGCUCAAGACAAAGUUGUAGAUAGGGGAAUGGGAACGUCGAUGCAACAUUAUAUGGUAGAUAAGCCACUACUUGAACAGAUCACCCAUACGGCAAACAAGCUCCAAGUCUUUAUCCAACACAUGGCCAGUCUAAUAGAGGAGAGAACUAAGUACUUCCAAGUAGACCCCGAAGACACUCUGUUGAAAGUAUUGGGAGGAGCGGAAACUACCAGUCAAUUGCAUGCAGCAUGGCUCUGCCUGGCUAGUAGGUUGGAAGCAGCUCAGAAGUUCAUGUUGAAAUACCAACAAGAAUACCAGAAUGCUACUAUACCACCCUCACCUGUGUCGAUGAAUCCCGAUAUCCAUAAGUACAUUUCGGGAUUGCCAGAUGUUGAUGACAAACUAUGGAAUAUGCAGGGAACCAUUCCUCGUCAUGUGGAUAAGCUUUCACUUGAUGCACGUCAACGAUUAUUGGAAGCUAACGAGAAGUGGGGAAAAAUCAUCCCAGCCCCUCCUUGGCUAGCCACCCCAGCACAAAAGACCUCUUCUCCCAUCUUGAACAUUCCAGCCAGGACAAGUUACAAAGCUGCUUCCUCUUUCACAUUACCUGACAAGGUCAAACCCCCAGAGCUGACUCAGAGGAAACAAGCUUUGACUACCUGGAAGGGUUCUAAGGCAGUCCAAUUCACUCCUCAAGUUGAGGCCUGGGAACCGUCGCAAUCUUCAGCACUGAUGAGCAGCAGCACUCCAUUCAAAUCUUUGAAGGGCUUAUUCUCACAAGAUGAAGAAAGCAAUCCUGGUCCUUUUCCCUCAUCAGGACCCAACCGACAUGUUUCUGUGGGUAAUUUCCUCUAUGGAACUGACGAAGUUCCAUCAUUUUCGCCAGACAGAGGACAAUUUUCUGGAUUUUUUUACCCCUCACAUAUGAACGCUACACCAUCGAAUCCGACGACUAGGCCAAUCACUUCUACUCCUUGGAGCAUGGCAUCAGGCGCAAUGUCUUUUCACUCUAUGCCUUCACAAAAGUCAGCAGAGACGAUCAAUGUGCAGGAGACAGGGUUCUCUCACGCAAGGACACAAGCCUCCACUUCGCACAUAGCAACUGAGAACGUUAGUAAUGCGCAGCGGAUCCGCAAAACCAAAAUACAAUGCAAAACACGAACAAAUGUGACUCUAAUUGAGGGAAUCCUCAUCAUCCAUCAGGAGGAGGGGGUUCAGAUCCUCCUGACGAUGACCCUCCCAGUAAUUCAGGAGGACAUGACCCUCCAAGGAAUAAUGAAUGCAGAAUGGCCCAGUGCGGAUAUGGUAGCAGGCGUGGUAGAGGAGGAGGUCCGCCUAGUCCCCCCUCAUCUUCCUCAAGCUCUUCUAGGACCAGGAGCUGUGAUUCUAGUCGAUCCGAAUGGGAUGAAAACCAUCCUCCUGCACCAUACGGCAAUUACAUCCCUACUGUGA